CAGUGCCGCUAGCUCAGUCGUCUUCAGGGCAGAGUACCCCUAAUGCCACAGCUCGCAACAUAAGUAUCGAUAACUUCGCGGUCUCACUUUACUAAUCUAUCGGUCAUCACUAAGGGCAAAAACGUAAACAAAGCAAAAAUUACAAUUAUUGUCGGGAAAAUGGAUUACAUUUGGUGGCUAUCGAUGUCCUAGCCAAGCGCUCCCACCCAACCAUGGAUGCCCUCAAGAUGCUGCAGGGCACCACCCAUUCGCAGUCGGCAGGAGCCCCUUCCUCGCGACUACGGCUACGGUUCCAUCUCCCCCACUGGGAAAGCUUAUACACACAUAGUGGGUAUUACAAAGGUUUAAUAAAUAUGCCUCUAAGACCGAAACCUGGCCGCCGUCUCGGAUAUUUACGCGGUCAAAGCAGAGGAUUUGUUUUGCUGGGAAAGGGUACAGGCGCCGCGGGAAUUAUGCUCUACCAGCCAUGUAUUGGUAGAGCUCGCAUGGAAACGCGGGCCUCAAGGGAACAUGCGCGAUGCGCGUGUGUAUGGUCACCUAAUCCUGAGGAGCUCCAAGGGAAAAGAAGGGACAGGCCAAAAAGGCAAACAACGAGGACAAAUAAGGCUCUCGGGUCUAACUCCGGAUAAACUCACAAACAGGUAAGUAGAUAUCACUAUAUAUAAUCGAGGUACACGUGUAUUUAAUUUCUCUUAAUUUUCAGCCACUGUCGGGCCGGGCCUGGAGGCAAUGAUAGCCCGGGCGGAAGGCUUCUCGCCGGAGGCCAGCAGUGAUCCGGAUCUCCACACAGGAAAAAGGCGCUCUCCAGUGAGUUAUGCAAUGACAGUCCGAGAUUCGGCUGCCAGACAAAUGGCGAUUCUUCUCAGCGCCGCAAUGCGACCGCUGGAAGUUCCCGAGAGGAGGAUGACGCGGUACUCCGGAACGGACUCACCGGGAAAUGUGGACGUCGUCGUCGACUGGGAAAGGCCCUUCUUGCUGGUCGCUGAUACGGGUCCAACGGACACCGUUUGCUGGGCCGCCAAGUCGGGCUGGCAGCUGAAUCUGCCUUGAUUGUAGGACAGUAUGGCCGCGACUGUCACGAUAUCUGCUGAUCAUCGCCCCCGCCAUAUUACAUGGCCUCUCUCAGCAUUGGGUCAUUGGAUACAUGGGCCAUUUGAAGUAAUCCCAGAGCGAACCGGGAUUAAUCUUCAAAUGGCCAGAUCGCCCGCCAGACUCACCCCGCUGCUGCAGCUAUCGCCCUAUCGACCUAAACUAUCGAUAACGUCGCUCCCACUCGACUCCAAUUGCAACACUUUCACAGACGUUGUACCAACAUGCACGGUACCUCGUUGGAAAGGAAAUUCAUUUUACUAAUUAACAAAUGUGGUUCGGCAAACGAAAAGCCGUCAGUUUUUUGAGAAAAACGCAUAGUGCGUUGUGGGCAUCUCAUUUUUACCAAAAUUUUAGCUAGGAACACAUUAACCUUAUAUCGAUACCCUAUAUCGAUACUUCGAUAAAAACGAAUGCACGAGGCCUAUAGAAGAAAUAAUUAAUAUAUUUUACUAAAACUCUUAAAAUGGGAAUUUCUAAUAAACUACUGACCCGAUUUUAAUAAAUAAUACAUCAAAUUGAUCAGGUGUGCGAGUAUAAUCGAAGGUAUGUCUUUAUUUCGUUGAAAAUAUUAUUAAACAUAAUUUCGUUUUUAUGUAUUAUGGCGCCAAGACGUUGCCAGAGCGCAAGGGCAGCUCCUUCAAAUGCACGA